GCCCGGCCGGUAGGCACCGCGUCUCGUCGACGCCCUCGCACACGUCUGACGGUGGGCGUGAAGUGAAAAUGCUCUUCCGAAGACCUCUGAACCUACCUGCCUGGGUCGCGUAGGCCGGUAGAGGUAAGCCGGUAGAGGGAGGGGAGGUAGGGAGGUCAGUUAGGGUUAGGUACCUGCAGAGCGGUACCUAGAGGUAGGUAAGGUAACCUACCUAAGGUAGAUGAUGUGGGUUGCUAAGCCUUCAGUUGUCCACCCCGUCGCGUGGUGGCGUAACGGGAUAUUCCUCCUCUCCCUCCACCUCGCACUACCACCCCGGAGACUUGCAGAACCCUCCCAAUCCACCUCUUCCCGCACAGACAAGGUGGACGGAACACGCGGACACAGACGUACGGACGGACGGAUGCGGCGACACGAACGUGUGGACAACCCUACCUGUCGUCGUGCCGCCUUGUAUUCAUUUCUCCUGGCAUUUCUCCUAAGUCAGGUUGGAGUGCCUCCGCUGUCUUGCGUGCCCUUGUUUUUUGUUCCUCUUUUUUUCCCCAGCCUCCCUCUCUGGACCCUCGAGUCCUCGACCAGGUCCCGGCUCCUCUCUCCUAUCGCCCGUUUGCUUCUGCGCGACCUCCUCGCCCCCCCGCCGUCGUUGCCACCAGAGAGUCCGUCCGGACCCUUCUCUCUCUCCCAAUGCUCUGCUCCUGUAUGCUUCCAUCGACUCACGAUGGCCACCAUCGAGCCGCGACUGAUUCAUCUGCUGAACGAGUCGGCUGCUACGCCACGGCCGCACCGUGCUGAACUCCCGCCCAUCAAAGUCCUUCCGCUCCCCCAGACGCCCGGCCGUUUCCUCCCCAUCGACCCCGGUACCAGCCAGAGAUCCGAUGUCCCGGAUGUGGCGCCGACCUCGGGCCAAUUGGUCUCGCAGCCUGUGCCCUCCCUGUAUUCCGCCGUAGACGAGGUCUCUACUCCGAAUUCGGCCUUGAGAAACGACGCUGGGUACCCGUCAGAUCGAACGUUGCUAAGCCACAUCUCGUCUCAGGACCUGCGCAUGAUCCUAGAUGACACCCCCGAUAACGCCGAGGAUUCCGGAACGAAGAAGAGGCGACCCGUGAAGGAGGAUUUCGUGCAGCUGCCCCAGCCACUGAAGAAGCAGAAGGCUGCUACGCAGCAGCACAUGUUCCCUCCCAUCAUCGUAGGGCUACUCGAACCUCCGUUCGAGGCCGCCUUGUUCCCGCCGAUCUCCUCAGCGUCCUUUGACGACCGCCCGCAUUCCGAGCCUCCGCAAUCCCUAAGCAUCGCAAAGCCGACCGAGAUAUCCGAAGCCGUAGACGACAAGCCCAAUCCAAGCCCUCCGCUCGAUUCCGAGCGGACCCCCACGGGUAAGAUCAAACGACGAGCAGCGAAGCCUCGGCGGAAGUGGUCCGAGGACGAGACGAACCAUCUCCUGCUUGGCGUAAGCAGACACGGCGUCGGAAGAUGGACCGAUAUUUUGGAAGACCCCGAGUAUACGUUUAACGAUCGGACGGCCGGGGACCUGAAGGACAGAUUUCGUACCUGCUGUCCCGAGGAGCUCCGUGCCAGCUCGACUGCCAAGAAUGACAUAUUCGGGGCCAAGAGGCCGACGGUGAGGACCAGGGGGAAACCGAAGAAAGGUCUCAUGUCGGAAAAUAUACUCAACGAGACCGAGGAGGAGGCCGAGGCUGAGCAGACCCAGUCGGGCCAGAACGAAUCCGAUCCUACCCCUGCGCCGAGACAGCGCAAGAGUCGAGCCCACCGCAAAAAAUUGGAAGACCUGGCCGAGCUGGGGAUCAAGGGACCAUUCAAGAAGUCGCAUCGGAGGGAGCGACGCCCGUUCUCCGAGCAGGAUGACAGGGAGAUACUGGAGGGGUUCGAGCUGUAUGGCCCGCAAUGGACUAAGAUCCAGAGGGAUCCUAGGUUCAACCUAUCCAGCAGGCAACCGACGGACCUGCGCGACCGGCUACGGAAUAAGUAUCCCGAGAAGUUCUCGGGUACCGAGAAGACGACGAUGCAGGUCCGGGAGCCGGGCCGGGGCAACAGCCUCUUGGAGCCCUCGGUCAACAUGGCUAUCGAAAACUCGCUGCACGUUUCGAAGUCAGCUCUGCUGGAGCCCCAGCUAAACCGGACCAACUCGAAGGAAGACAUCCCAAGGUGGCCGUUGUCUUCCAAUCAUAGCGCGGAGCUCGGCGAGGCUUCUCAGCCGCCGCACGCCAACUUUUACUGGAGCGAGGGGCCCGGCACGGGAUUCGCGGCGACUGGCAUGGGAGAGAUGGACAUAUCGCGGCUCCUUCUGGACGAUACGCAGGUGGCGACCGACGCGCCGUCGGAUAAGCGCGGUCUGGGAUGAAGAUUCGCUCCAC